GUUCAAUUAAGCACACAUUUCUCUUCCCUCAACUAAACUCAUAUUUCCAAAACGCAGAACCAACAAUGUCGUUCCCCUUCAACCACUCUCACCGCAGGGACGACGACGACGACGACGACGACAAACGACCCGCCGUUUACCCUCCUCCGGGUAACACCUUCAACAACCCUCCACCACCCUUCUACGGCGUCCAUCAGCCAGAAACCCACGUGUCCCAUGUCUUCAACAACAGCAACUACUCCGCUCCCCCGCCUCCACCACCUUCCCAUAACCACCACCAUGACUCCUUCACUCACGGAGGCGGCAGCACCGUGCACCACACCCCUCACAACAACGCGCCACCCACCACCUCUGUUCAUCACUUGAGCCACCAGGUUAACACCGGUGUUCUCUCGAGCAAACCCACUGUGAGAGUUUUCACCAAAGCCAAUCCCAAUUUCUCUCUCACCAUUCGUGGCGGCCAAGUCAUUCUCGCUCCCUCCGAUCCCACCAAUGAGUACCAGCAUUGGUAUAAGGAUGAGAAGUACAGCACUAGGGUGAAGGAUGAAGAGGGGUGCCCUGCUUUCUCUUUGAUCAACAAGGCCACUGGUGAAGCCUUGAAGCACUCCAUCGGUGCCACUCAUCCUGUUCGGCUGAUACCUUACAAGCCCGACUAUCUUGAUGAGUCUAUUCUAUGGACUGAAAGCCGUGACUUAGGAGAUGGCCACAGAGCUAUAAGGAUGGUCAACAAUGUUCAUCUUAAUGUGGAUGCUUUUCACGGUGACAAGAAUUCUGGAGGUGUUCGUGAUGGCACUACAAUAGUCCUCUGGGACUGGAACAAAGGUGAUAACCAGCAGUGGAAGAUCUUACCUUACUGAUUUCAAUUGACGAAAUUAUCAAUGGCUUUGAAGAUGCAUUAAGUUAAGAGGAUAGUUGGCCCUUGUAUUUGAGUGGUUUGGUGUUGCCUAGAGUAUGGAAUGGUGUGUAGUGCAUUUGCUUGUACCAAGCAAUCGGCUUUUUUCAAUAGAUUAAGUGCGUUUUAUGUAAUAUUUAUUGCAUACAUGUGACACUGGUUAAUGUGCCGAUUGCCAUAUAUAUAUUGGUAUACAGUUCAUGUAUGUCCUUAUAUCUUAAUAUGAUUCAGUGUGAACAACUACUGCUGCUGUUGUUACUUGUUACAUGGGGAGACUACAAUGUGACUUGCUAGCAUCAUGGGUUUUCAA